AAUAGAGGAGAAAGAGACGCUGCUGGUCCCGUGUUCGGUUUAGUUUCUAGUAAAGUCAGGAUUUAUUGUUUUAAUAAAUAUAUUUGUUUUAAUCACAAACAAGUAACUGGAUAUUCAUUAUAGAGUUUCGCGGCGGAACAGGAUUUGAUCGACAGGCAGCAUGAGUGUAGUGAGCACACCGACUUCCCGGCCACGGCAGUGGUCCUCUCCGGCGCUAGGACACAAGACGGCCCUGUCUGCCACCAGCACGCCGCUUCUCGGUUCCAUCCAGAGCAACGAUGAUGAACAGGAGCGACGGCAGAGGCGCAGGUCGAGAGUCAUAGAUCUUCACGCAGGAGCCGAUUCCUCCAUCAACGAAGCCUUCGGCAGCACAGGAACUCCGGCUGCCGUGCCCAAGCUGUCAUCUGCGCAGAUCUCAGAGCAUUACUCGACCUGUAUCAAACUCUCAACGGAAAACAAAAUCACAACGAAGAACGCGUUUGGCCUGCACCUCAUCGAUUAUAUGGCAGAUAUCCUCAAGGAGAAAGACUCCGAGCUCAACUUUAAGGUGGCCGCAGGAACGCUGGACGCCAGCACCAAGAUCUACGCAGUGAGGGUGGACGCGGUCCAUGCCGACGCCUACAGAGUCCUGGGCGGCCUGGGCUCCGAGACCAAACCGAAGGAUGACCAGGAGGCAGGAGUGGACGGGGAGACGGAAGACGGCAGUGCGAGUGAGCAGGCAGCCACAAAGCAAGCGCCGAAGAAGCGGCCUCCGAAGAAGACGGUGGAGCAGAACCUGAGCAACAUCAACCUCUCAGAGUCAGAGAUGAAGUGUGAGGUGGACCCCAUGUUCCAGCGCAUGGCUGCGUCUUUCGACGAGAACAGUACGGCUGGGGUCUUCCUGUCCGUGCUGUUCAGCGAGGACAGCCGCUGCGAGCUCCGGUUUCCGUCCCACAUGACCCUGCUGCACUCCAGACCACCCAGCUCGCCCACACCUGUACAGCACACACCUGCCUCGCCCUUUACAGUCAGUUUAAAGACUCUGGAGGAAAAGAUGCCCAUCUGCCCAUCACUAGAAGAUUUCUCCUUCACCCAGUGGACGCCUGACCAGACGACCAGUCUGAACCAGCUGUUGGAGAAAAUGAAGCAGGGCGAGCAUGCGUUCGAUGUCAACGCUGACAUCGAGCCGGAUGCAGAUGAGGCGCCGGACUUCGCGGACCAUUUUGAUGCAGACGGAGACGACGACGGACCGGGAGACUGCGCGGACCCCUUCGACGAGCGCAAGGACGCCUGCUCUAAGAGGAGCCCCGAGAAAAUCCGAGGGGUGAUACCGAUCGGACAGGGGGACAUCACCACCAUGUGCCUGCAGCUGUCGGACAAACCCAGAGAGUAUUCGUACUUCAGCCCUCGCACCAUGGCGACCUGGGUCGGCCCGGGAUACUGGCUCUUCAAACCCACGCACAAACAGGAUCACAAGCCGGAGAAGGAAACUAAAAAGCGAGCGCCGAAAAACCCCCUGGUGAUCGACUUCAGCGAGGACGUCCACUUUCACAACUACUUCCGAACCACCAGAGCGGCGACCACCAUUAGUAAAUCUGCCCUGAACACCAGCAACAAGAAAACCACUCUGCCUGCAGAUUUCCAGUAUCCCCUCAGCAACUUGUCUCAGCUCAGCCUCAAACCUGCCAGCACGCUGAUUACAAAAGACAAGAAGAGGAUAUCGGGUGAGCUCGCUGAGGACAUCGGAGAGUACGACUAUAACAACGCCAAUGACACUGCUAACUUCUGCCCACGGCUGCAGCUCGAGGACAGCGACGAUGAUGUCGAAGGCUUCCCAGGAUCGGAUGACUCUCAGCCCAUGUCGGACAGGCUGGAUGGCGACGGUGUCUCCACGUACGGAGAAGACUGCCUGGUGCCCGAGCCAUAUAAAGUCAACAUCAUCGAGAUUAAUUACGCCAAGACGGCCAAGAAGAUGGACAUGAAGCGCCUGAAGAGCAGCAUGUGGAGCCUCCUGACGGACAGCCCCGAAAAACCAGCCACGGAGGUUGAGAAGUCCUCCGAAAUCCCGGGAGAGAAAUCCUUCAGCCAGUCCACCAGAACGCUCUUACAGAAGUUGCCUGGCACUAUGGCCAGUAACCUGUCUGUGCCCUUGGCCUUUGUCGCUCUCCUUCAUCUGGCCAACGAGAAGAACCUGGAGCUUCACAAAGUGGACGACAUGUCGGACAUCAUCAUCAAGCAGGGACAUUAAGGACAUGCACAUGCUGCCAGGGUUUUUUGUUUUAUUUUCCAGUGUUUUAAGGAAGAAUUUUUUUUAGAUUUAUUUCUUUUUUUCCCCUUUUUUAUAUAUAUAUAUAUAAACAGUGUACAGUAUGUUUUAUUCCACAUGUAAGAAGCAGCUGUUUUACAGUAAAGAAUAUUUCCUCUGGUUUAAAUUUGUAAUAAAAUAUUUUAACUGUGGUAAUUCUGUUGUUCAGAAUCAUGUGAAAAAAAAUAAUGCAUGAAAAUGAGCCUUUUUUGUAUCGGGUCGUCAUGUUCGCGCUUGGAUCUUGUUCAGACAUUUCACUCAGCUUCAUGGACCUCUUUUAUGUCUUGUCUACUUAAUUUAAACAUUGUUUUAUUUAGAUGUUUUUUGUUUUCUUUUCCUUUUGUGUCAUUAAAUCUGAGUAUUUCUCGUC